AUGGCUUCAAGCUCGUCAUCUUUCCCAAGUUCUUCUUCUAUUUCUUCUACUAGCCAAUGGAAGUAUGAUGUUUUCCUGAGUUUCAGAGGAGAGGACACCCGCAACACUGCUACAGACUUUCUAAAUUAUGCUUUAGAACGGAGGGGCAUUUACACUUUCAAGGACGAUGAAAAACUUGAGAAAGGAAAAACUAUUAAACCAGAGCUCUUGAAAGCCAUAGAAGAAUCAAGAUUUGCUGUGGUCAUUCUCUCAGAAAAUUACGCAUCUUCAACUUGGUGCUUAGAAGAACUUGUAAAGAUUAUUGACUGCAAAAAAGAAAAGGGAAUGACAGUUGUACCUAUUUUUUACAACGUGGAUCCAUCUGAUGUGCGAAAACAAAUGGGAACUUUUACACAAGCCUUUGUUGAACAUGAAAAACAAUUCAAGGAGAAAGUGGGCACAUGGAGAGCUGCUUUGAGUCAUGUGGCCAAUAUUGUCGGAUAUCAUGUAAAUAAUAGCCCUCUCUCAGAAGCUGUCCAAAGCAUUGUGGGACUUAUAUCACAUAAAUCAAGUUGUGAAUUCUCAGAAGUUACUGAGGGCCUGGUAGGAAUAAACUCUCAACUGGUGGAAUUGGAGUCAUGUUUAGCUUUAUGGUUAAAUAAUGAAGUUCGCUUUAUAGGGAUUUGGGCAAUGGGGGGAAUGGGCAAGUCAACCCUGGCUAGUGUUGUCUAUAGGAUGGUUUCUAAAGAAUUUGAAGCUUGUUGUUUUAUUGACAAUGUUAGGAAAAAAGAUGUACUUUCACUGCAAAAAGAUCUUAUUACUCAAAUUUUGCACGAAAAAAAUUUGAUAAAAAAUAAAUAUGAUGGAGUUCACAUGAUCAAGAAAAUGUUACAGCAUAAAAAAGUUCUUAUUGUUCUUGAUGAUGUAGAUGAAUCAAAUGAGUUAAAAAUGUUAGUCAGGAAGAGUGAUUGGUUUGGUUCGGGUAGUAGAAUUAUCAUAACAACAAGAGAUAAGCACUUGUUGAAGGAAUUCCCUGUAGAUGAAACAUUUGAAGUUAAAGCAUUGAAUUAUGAAGAUGCUCUUUCACUUGAGGUUUUGGGUUCAUUUUUGUUUGGAAGAAAUACUGCUGAAUGGAAAAAUGCAUUAGAGAUGCUCAAAGAAGAUCCCAAACCAGAGAUUAAUCAAGUACUAAAAAUAAGUUUUGAUGGACUCCCUAACUCAGUGAAGGAUAUAUUUAAAGAUAUUGCGUGCUUAUUUAAUCAUGAGAAGAAAGAUCAUGUUUUACAAAUGCUAGAUAGUCUUGGCCGCUAUUCCCAAAUUGGAUUGAGCAUUCUCAUUGACAAGUCUCUCUUGAAAAUUUCCGAAAAUAAUAAAUUGUGGAUGCACGAUUUACUAAGAGAUAUGGGAAGGGAUAUUGUUCGUCAAGAAUCUCGUGAUGAGCCUGGGAAGCGUAGUAGACUGUGGCUUUAUGAUGAUAUUGAUCAUGUGUUAAAAAACAAUACGGGAACAGAAGCAAUUCAAGCCAUAGAUAUUUGGGAAGCCAAGGAUACAAGUAUUUAUCAUGAAGAAAAAGAGGCAAGUUGGUUAGGUUUCACAUCUUCCAAAAAACAAAAAGUGUCACUUUGGAACCCUAAUGCCUUUUUCAAGAUGCCCAAGCUAAAAUUUCUGAGAAUUCGUAGUAUUUGCCCUCAAUUUGUCCCCGAGUAUCUUCCAAAUAAAUUAACAUAUCUUGAAUGGAGUAAUUAUCCUUCAAAAUCAUUGCUAUGUCUUUUGCCAAAUGAGCUUGUUCAACUUCGUUUGCAGUGUAGUAAAAUUGAACUACUUUGGGGAGGAAUGAAGAAUUUUGACAAGUUAAGGUUCAUCGAUAUGGCUGGCUCCUCAAACUUGAUUAUAGCCUCCGACUUCAAUGGAGUCCCAAAUCUUGAGGAAUUAGUUCUUGCAGGGUGUUCAAAUUUAUUGUGUCUUCCUAACACCAUUUGUAGUUUGACAUCGCUUAAAAAUCUUGAUCUUUUUGGAUGCUCAAAAUUUGACAAACUGCCAGAGGACUUGGGGAAUAUUGUAAGUCUAAAGGAGCUUUAUUUGAGUGAAACAGCUAUAAAGGAAUUGCCUUCAUCAUUUGAAUUUUUGAUUGGCCUUACUUCAUUGGAUCUAACCAAUUGCAAAGAUUUUGUGCUUCUUCCAAGCGCCAUUUGUAUUUUGAAGUCACUAUUUAUAAUUAACCUUUCUGGAUGCUCAAAAUUUGUCAACUUGCCAGAGAAUCUAGGGAAGCUCGAAGGCCUGCUUAUUCUUUCUUUAAAAGGAACAGCAAUAGAAUUGUUGCCAUCAUCUAUUGGAUGUUUGACUUGCCUUGGGGAUUUGGAUAUAAGGGAUUGCAAAAAUCUUUUGUGUCUUCCUAGCAGCAUUUAUAAUUUGAAUAUGCUAAAAAAUCUUUAUCUUUCUGGAUGCUCUAAAUUUGUCAACUUACCAGAGAAUCUGGGGAAUCUCAAAGGCCUAUUUAAUCUUUUUCUAGAAGGAACAACAAUAGAAGUGUUGCCAUCAUCCGUUGGACGUUUGACUGCUCUUCGUGAAUUGAAUCUAAGUGAUUGCAAAAAUCUUUGGUGUCUUCCUAGCAGCAUUUGUAGUUUGAAGAUGCUAAAAUAUCUUUAUCUUUCUGGAUGCUCAAAAUUGAUUAACUUGCCAGAGAAUCUGGGGAAUCUCGAAGGCCUAUUUCAUCUUUCUCUAAAAGGAACAGCCAUAGAAGUGUUGCCAUCAUCCGUUGGACGUUUGACUACUCUUCGUGAAUUGAAUCUAAGUGAUUGCAAAAAUCUUUUGUUGUUGCCAUCAUCCGUUGGACGUUUGACUGCCCUUCGUGAUUUGAAUCUAAGUGAUUGCAAAAAUCUUGUGUUGUUGCCAUCAUCCGUUGGACGUUUGACUGCCCUUCGUAAAUUGAAUCUAAGUGAUUGCAAAAAUCUUUUGUGUCUUCCUAGCAGCAUUUGUAGUUUGAAGAUGCUAAAAAAUCUUCAUCUUUUUGAAUGCUCAAAAUUUGUCAACUUACCAGAGAAUCUGGGGAAUCUCAACCUUCAGCAUUUGAAUUUAAGUGAUUGCAAAAAUCUUUUAUGUCUUCCUAGCAGCAUUUGUAAUUUGAAGAUGCUAAAAUAUCUUUAUCUUUCUGGAUGCUCAAAAUUGGUCAACUUACCAGAGAAUCUAGGGAAUCUCGAAGGCCUGUUUAGGCUUUCUCUAAGAGGAAUAGCAAUAGAAUUGUUGCCAUCAUCCGUUGGACGUUUGACUGCCCUUCGGCAUUUGGAUUUAAGAGAUUGCAAAAAUCUUUUGUGUCUUCCUGAAAGCAUCUCUCAACUCUCUAGAAUUACAAGGCUCGACUUGGAUGGUUGCAAGAGGCUUCGAUGGUUACCAGAUAUUCGGUCACAAGAUUGUACUAUAAAUGUAAACAAUUGUACCUCACUGGAGAGAUUCCCAGAAAGCCCAAAAAAUUGUCCCUUCUGGUGUCGUCAUUUUGAUUUCUGUGUCGCGUGUGUCAAUUGCUUCAAUAUUCAAUUCUGUGUCAAGGGACUACUAAGUGGUAAAUUAGUGGGGAGAUUACCUUACGUUCUUCCUGGAAAAGAAAUUCCAAAUGGAUUUGAAACGGCCAACAUACGUGAUAGUUUAGUUUUGGCAUCUCCAAGUUUCCACAGAUGCGAUUAUUCAGUGAACAUGCAAUUGCCUCUGUCGGGGUUUGAUGAGUUGCAGGCAAUUCUUUUGUGCGUUGUUUUUGUACCCUGCGAGCAUUAUAAUCACCCAUAUAAAACUCUGAUUGAAAUCAAAUCGAAUAAAGUAUGGUUUCAACGUAUUGCGUCAGAAUAUGGUAAAAUUGAAUCGCAUCACCUUGCGCUGAGCCUGCACUAUUUGAAUUUCUUCGAUCUGGAAACCCCUGGCUGGUCUAUUGAUGAGAAGGGAUUCCAUGAAGUUGAGUUUACAAUAGCUACCAGGAACGUGGAGGUGGAGACAGUAGGGUUCCGUUUGUUAAACAAGCAAGACAUCAAACCAAAGACUCGGAGGAUUGGGAGGAAGUCUGGGACGAUGGGACACGGGCAUAGAUUGUGAGGAAUCCAGUCAAGAGAAUUUUUUUCCUCAUCUUUUACCUGUGAGUUAUCAUCUUUCUUCCUACCAUUAUAUAAUCUAGUUGUUUCCUUCUUCUUUUUUUGGGACAUAUACUAGCAUUUCUUUUUCUGUUAAUUUUAUGUUAUUUUGGGCUAAGUAUAUGUAAUGCUCUGUUAAACUUCUACUACAAUACAAAUGCAUAUUGAGAUUUCUUGUCCCUCGGUAACGGUUUGUUAUAAUUCUUGUUUUUCUUUUUCACCAACGGUCCGACAUAUAUAAUAAUGUUUUCUUUUUUCCUUACUGGCGUUUGGGACUAUUAUUCAUAUUGAUUUACAAAAGUCUCCUAGCUUGGCUCCUUAGAUGUUGAUUUUGCUCUAUGAUUUGCACGCUUGCAUGUAAUUGAAGUUAGAAAAAGAAAAGUAACAAAAAAGUGAAUUGAAGUUUGCAAAACUUUUUUCUGUUUGGUAAUCAAAGAAUGAGAAGUGAAUAAAUAUUACAAUUUUUCAAUGGUAUUGUGUUAUAAUUUGUACAAUGAAUUUUCUGUAUUUAGUACGCACCAACACUUCCUUUGGGUUUUCAUCCUAUCAUCUUUCGGUGCAAAGGACAUGUGUUUGUAUAUCCCAGGGGAUAGUAUGCAGAAACUAGCAAACCCACAACCAGCAUCCAUAAUGUGAACUACCCUGCAGACAUAGGUCGACUGUCUCACUGGUAGUCAUAUUUCUUAACCUGACAUGACAUGUCAUGACUCAUGACACUUGUAAUUCAGUAGAGUUUAAAUGUUUGCAGUAUAUGGUUUUAACUCUUAAUAGGCCUUGUUAAAAGGCGAGCUAUUGCGUAUCGCUUAUGUUUGUUGUAUCAACUAUAGAUUCACUGUCACUUACAGUGAAACAUUGAGUCUUGUACAUAGAUGUUAUAUAUUGCAAUGUAGGACAGAGAUUCUGGAUCUACACCCCAUUUAAGCUAUUUCCAAUUUCAAUACCAUGA